AUGGCAAAUUUAAUUAAAUCACAAAUGAUAUGUCUUAAUAAUUCAUUGAUUACAUGUUAUUGUGAAGAUACUCAAGUUUCUAUGACUUGUGUUGAAAAUUCUCCUAGUGACAACACAUUUAUCGAUUGGUCAACAUUUUCAUCAUUAUUUGAACGUCAGUAUUAUUCGUUUCUUUUUAUUAAUUUUACACGUUUAACACCUUUUACAUUUACAAAUUUUUCAUCAACAUUUCCUUCACGUUCAGAAUUAGAAUUCAGAUUUCUCAAUGGAAUUGAUGAAAUAGAAAAAAAUAUCUUUGAUCCAUAUGAUUAUUUUCUAAAUAUAUCAAUUCGAAUUGAAUUUCAAUCACCAAGAAAUUUUCAACUUGCUGAUAAUGCAUUUAGUGGAUUAAAAUAUCGAGAAUUUCUUAUUAAUAAUAUUCAAUAUAAUAAUAUUCAUAAUCUUCCAUAUAAUUUCAAUUUAAAAGCAUUUAAUCAAACAAAUAUUAAUAAAAUAAAUAUUAUAAAUUCAAAAGGAAUGAAAUUAAUUUCAAAUCAAUCACCUUCUUUAAUAUGGAAAGAAAUUCAAUUACAAAAUUGUUCAUUAACAAAUAUUAAUCCUCUCAUUGAAAGUCUCAUUCCACAAUUUGUAACUAAAUUAGAUUUAUCAUCAAAUAAUUUAAUUCAUCUACCUUCUUUAAUUCAAUUUAAAAAUAUUACUAACAUUGAUUUACAAAAUAAUUUAAUUGAAGAAAUUCAAUCAAAUAUUUUCACAAAUUUAACAGAAUAUAUUUAUGAGAUUAAUUUAUCACAUAAUCGAAUAAAACAUAUUUCACAUGAUGCAUUUCUUGGUAUGACGCUAUCUGUUUUAUCAUUAGAAAAUAAUCAAUUAUGUUCACUUGAAAGUUUAACAAUUAAUAAUGAAUUAACAUCAUUUUUAUAUCCAAUAAAUCAAUCAUUAGUUGCAUUAUUUUUAUCACAUAAUUUUCUAGAUGAUUUUAAUCCAAUAAAAAGUCUUACAAAUUUAAAUGAAUUAGAUUUAUCCAAUAAUGAAAUAAAAAAUUUAGAUGAAAAUUCAUUUCCAAAUACAUAUAAUCUUCAUAAUAUUGAUUUAAGUUCGAAUUGUAUUAAUUCAAUUCAUCCAUUAUCUUUUAAUAGAACAGGAGUAAGAGAUUUAGAUUUAUCAUCAAAUUUAUUUUCUUCUUUAGAAACAAUUCAAAUUAUAUAUGAUGAAGAUUCUCGAUCUAGAAAUGUCACAGCUUCAUUUCUUGAUUAUAUGUCAACAGAUUUUGAUAAAUUAUCAUUAACAAAUUGUACAAAUCUAAUAGAAAUUAAUUGGUUUUUAUUCACUAGAUUGAAAAGAUUAUAUUAUUUAGAUCUUUCGAAAAUACCAAAAACAGAUCAUUUUUGGUUUUAUCAAGCAAGAGAUAAUACAUCUACAUUACCGAAUAAUCAAUCAUCUAGAUCAGAAAUUCUGUUGAAUAAUAUUCAAUUUAAUAAUGAUGAUUAUUGUUUAGCAAAACCAAUAUUUCACAUUUUCAAUCCAGGAUUUCUAUUUAUUGAUAAAGAUCAUCCAUGUAAUUGUUUUGUAUUUAUGUUUAAAAAUAUACUUCGUGAAUAUCCAACUUGUUUAUCCAAUCAAUCGAUUGUAGAUCAAUUAACUCAACAAUGUAUGAAUAUUGAUUCUUAUUGUUUAAAUUUAACCAGUACUACAACUACAGUAGCUACUGAAUCAACUCCAUUACCAUUAUCAUCAUCAACAUCAGCAGCAGUAAUAAAAGAAGAUCAGAAAUGGAAAAUAAUAUUAGCAAUAAUGAUUCCUUCAACAAUUAUUCUUAUUAUUGGUUUAUUUUUAGCUACUAUUUAUAUUGUUAAAAGACGAAAAACAAACAAAUCCAUGGAAAUAGUUGAGAUGCAAGGGGGAUUCGAAAAUAAACUUACUAAAAGAUAA